AUGAAAGACAAUAAAACUAGCCCCGACAAUAUUCUCAAUUCAUUAGAUUCGCUUACUUCAAUUGAAACUAUUAAUAAAAAAGAAAAACAUAAUAAUAAAAACAAGAUAGUCAAUACAUUGAAAUCACUUAUUAAAAAUUUAAAUUUCUUUGGUAAAAAGACAGACAAUGAUAAACUAAAAAAAGAAUACGGUGGUAAUGACAGGAGAGAUUCAAAUGUAUCAGAAAACGUUCAUUGCAGUGAUAAAAACCACACAGUCAAUUCAAUGGAGCCAUUUACUAACUUGCCAAAAAAAAAGGCAGACAAUGAUAAAUCAAAAGGACACGAUGAUAGUGACAGAAGCAAUUCGGAUAUACUAGCAAAUGUUGCUGAGUACUUUAAAAAUAAAAAAUAUGUUGAUAAAGAAAAAGAUAGAAAUAGUAUUGUCUAUCUUGAUGCUAAAUCGUGUUCAUUUACUGAUUUACGUGAGUUUUUUAAUAUAACAACUGACAAUGAUAAACAACAAGCAGACAAUUUUAAUCUAUCAGAAAAUGCUGUUGAUGUUUAUAAAAAUAAUACGGACCGUUUAUUUAGCUAUUUAUUUAAAGCUUUUAAUAAAAAAAUAGACAAUGGUAAACAACGUCCUAAAUCAAUAUCAAUAAGACAAAAAUUUCUGGAAACAAAUAAUUCAAAAAAUCACACCAAAUCGAAGGCAUUUGUGCGGGAACUUUUAUUCGGAUUAGCAAGGACCAAAAUGGAUAAAUCAGUCAAAUUUGGUCGAGUCGAAUUAUCCGAUAGUGAUGUGAGAGAAGAUAAAGGAUGGAUAGUUAAUAGCCUCCCGGAUAAUUCCAAUGGAAGUGACAAAAAUAAUAUUGCCUAUUUAUUGAAUUUGUUUAAUUCAAUUGAAACUUUUAAUAAAAAAGAAAAACAUGGUAGUAAUGGCAGUAACAAUUUGAAAUCAGGAAAUGCUGAUGGUAGGGAUAAAAACAACAUAGUCAAUUUAUUGAAUUCAUUUACUGAUUUAUUAGAUAAAAAGACAGACAAUGACAAAUCAAAAAAAAACACAGUGAUAGUGGCAGCAAAUGUUGAUGGUAGUGAUAAAAAUAACAUGGUCAAUUUAUUGGAUUCAAUUGCUGAUUGUUUUGAUAAAAAAACAGCUAAAUCAAAAAAAGAACAUGGUGCAAUCAAUUCAAAAAAUCACAUAACCAAGUCAAACUGA